AUGCCGCUGAACUUGACAAACCGAGAUGUCAAAAUAUUUGGUUUCCCAAAUCUGAUCAGUAUAUUCAUGAUUCUCAAGCGAAUCACUUUGGAAAUGCGGUUAAUUUAUCUGCUUCUCUUAACAGUUGUUGGCUUAAAGACCUGCGAUGCCAGUAAGGUGUCCUGCAAGGACGAAAAUGGCAAAGAUGUGGACUGGUGGCACAUGUACCUGUUACAUAGGUAUGGUAACGACGGACCGGGUCAUCGAUACUUGUAUGUGACUAGUAAUGAUUAUGGAGAGUGGAAGCUGUCCAAUAACUUAAUGGGCGACUACAACUCAUUGCCAGAGAGGACCUUGAAUCCGCUCUUUAAAAACGAUGACAUCCUGUUUGCGGCCUACAAUGAAGAGUUUCCCAAUGGCACCACAUUCGAUAAGGGCGGUGCUGCUAAGGGCGUGAUAGCCUCUGAUGGUGAUACGGGAAUGUGGCUGGUGCACUCGAUACCUCAGUAUCCAAUAAUGAGUAGUGACCCUUCUUCACUCGGUGAGUACGGACAUAGUCUCCUCUGUCUUACACUCGAUGUUAAGGGCGUGGAGAAAGUGGGUGAUCUGCUGGUCCUUUAUGAGCCACACUUCUACUACAAACGGAAUCCACUGGCGAUAAACAAAUUUCCCAAACUGAACCGUGCACUGCAUCAAGUAUGGCACACGGAUGGUGUCCUUGAGAAAGAUGUGGAACUGCGCACUUUGGACGGCGAGGAGUUCAGGCUCUUUGGCAGGAAUGCUAACUCACAAAAAGAACUCUAUGCCGACAUUAUAGCUCCCGCUCUGGAUGUGAGCCUCUUUGUGAGAACUUAUCAUCCCACUUAUUCAAAAGACAAUAUGCCCAGCAUUUGCUACAAUUCCAAUAUGGUCCUCAACGUCGAUGAUGUUGUCUGUCCACAGUCGCUCAUACAUAAGUACACUCUCUCAUGGGAGGAUCACUCCAAAUGGGCUGUCUCCGCGGAAAAUGGCUUCAAGUUGUUCGACUGGCGGAUUUGGGGAAGCGAUUGGAUCUGUGUCGGCGAUCUCAAUCGUUGGGAGACCCAUCAAAGUCGAGGUGGCGGUGCCGUUUGUCACAAGAGCUCUCGAGUGACCGAUCUCUAUCGUAAAAUGGUGCAUAGCUACGAAAAGUGCUCCUAGAGAUUAUUAAUAAUAUUACUAAAUAUAUAACAAGAUAACUUCGCACAUGUGCAGAUAUUUAAAAAAGUUUUAAUAAAAAAUGUCGGGUAUUAUUUAAA